CGCGUUGUUUGAAUUUGCAUGCUCGUUCCCGUGAACAUGUGCAUCUUUUGUAAAAUUAUUAUAUUUAUUUCUAUAGAAUAAAUGUGUUGAAUGAUUUUCAUCAUUAGUAAACAAAAAUACAUGUUUUCUAAAAAUAUUUUUUUUCUGUUUCUUUAGUGAUUUUCUAAACCAAGAUUCUCCAAGAAAUGGAAGAAAUUUGUUUAAAAUCAGCAAACCUUGUUGAAAUACCUGAUUCAAUUUUGAAAUCAAAUUGUCUAAAAUUAAAUCUGGACUUCAAUGAUAUUUCCUCUCUUCCUUCAGAAUUAUGUGAAAGUUUACUUAAUCUGGUGUUUUUGUCUGUUAAUGGAAACAUGUUAGAAACCCUUCCUCUAAAUAUAGGUUUACUAACUGAAUUGACAGAACUCUAUUUAAAGGAAAAUGAUCUCAUAGAGUUACCUGAAAGCUUUGUUCAAUUAAAACAUUUACAAAAACUUCAUGUCACUGGCAAUAAGUUGAAAGCCUUUCCUAAAGACCUGCAUUUACUGAUCAAUUUGACUGAAUUAAUUGCUGAUGAGAAUAAUAUAGAAAGCCUGCCUAAUACUUUUGGUGAACUAAAAUGCCUUUCUCAUUUGAGUAUUGGUUAUAAUUCUAUUAGAUGCCUACCUGAUAAUUUUGGUAAUUUACAUAACCUCAAGGAAUUAGACCUUUCUCAUAAUAGUUUAAAAAACUUACCUGAGAGCUUUCAGUGUUUACCUUCUUUGGAAGUGUUUGAUAUGACAAAUAACAAAAUAUAUUCUCUACCUCAUGAAUUUCAAUCUUCAAGGACCUUACAAAAGCUUCUCAUGUCUCAGAAUGAUAUUUCAUCAAUACCUGCUUGGUUUUCAGAAAUGGAAAACAUUAAAGAAAUACAUUUAAGUGAUAAUCAUCUAAAUGAAAUGCCUUUUCCAGAUGAUUUUGGUGACAGAUGCAGUAGUUUAGAACUAUUAGAUUUGAGUGGAAAUAAUAUCAAAGGACUGCCUGAAAAUUUUGGAAAAUUGAAAGCUUUAUCUUUCUUAGAUUUGGGUAGCUCAUUCGAAGAAUUAGAAAGAAAUCGAAUGAUUUCUAAUGGGAAUGAUAUUGAACACUUGCCUAUUACUUUUUGUGAUCUUAAAAAUUUAACUAAACUUGAACUUGAUGAAAAUCAACUUCUUCAGCUUCCAGAAGAGUUUGGACUUCUGGAAAACUUAAUUUAUUUAGAUUUAAGUCAAAAUAUACUUAAAUUUUUACCUGAAAGUUUCGGUCAGUUACAACUACUGAAAGUGUCCUUGUUGUCUAUGAAUUUUAUUACUCAUUUGCCUGCAAGUAUUGGUAUGCUAAAAUCUAUAGAAGAGUUGAAAUUGGAUAACAAUAUGAUUGAAUUGUUGCCGGAAUCUUUUGAAAAUUUGACAACAUUGAAAACGCUUGAUUUAUACAACAAUAAUCUGAAAGUGCCUCCAACUGCUGUAAGAAAAUUCAAAUGCUUAAAGCACCUAGAUCUUAGAGAAAAUGAUUUUGGAAGAACGUUCGAAGACGUACUUAAUAUUUCAUAUACACCAACUUACCCAGUUCGUGAUCCUGAUUUGCAGAACGACUGGCGUGGAAGGAAACGGCCUGAUAUCCAGCCAACUUCAUGGGUAGAGAAAAAGGAUGGCACUCAGAAUACAGGAAAUUUAGAAGAUGAUUUCCUUCACAGUACUUUGAUUUCAGCUUCUGCUUUAUGGAGGCAACAUGGACAAACGGAUGUGAGAAGCAAAACACUGAACUCUUCCAUGUCAAUCACAAAUGGAGUAGCAGAAAAUGAAACUGAAAAUAAGAUCAUUACUGCUGUAGCUCAGGAUGAAAAAUAUUGGGAUGAUGACAUAAAAUCAAUAUCAUCAGAAACUGAAAAUAAGAUCAUUACUGCUGUAGCUCAGGAUGAAAAAUAUUGGGAUGAUGACAUAAAAUCAAUAUCAUCAGAAACUGAAAAUAAGAUCAUUACUGCUGUAGCUCAGGAUGAAGAAUAUUGGGAUGAUGACAUAAAAUCAAUAUCAUCAGAAACUUCUUCCCUAAGCUCUCCUAAAAGCAUAAAUUUUCAUGCAGAUGUACUCAGUGACAGUGAUUGGGAGAUAGAUUCAUAUUUUGAAGUUCCUAACAAUUUUAGAAAGACAUACAAGCACCCAACAAAUGACGAGUCAUCAAAAAUAAACAGGUUGUUUUUGCCUUCCGAUUUGCAUGUUAAAACGGUUGGUCGUCCUGAAAUUUGGCAUCUAAUCGAAGAUGGACAGUUUGAUGAUGCUGAUUUACAAUAAAAACUAAUUUAUUGCUUUAUUGCAUUUUUUGUGAAUUUUAUAUUUUUGCAUUAUUUAAAACCUGUAUUUUAUCUUGAAUCAUGAUCACAUUCCAAAGCCUUCAUCAUAAAUUAUAUGUGGAUUUUUAAAACUUUUUUUAUUUCCAUCUUUAAAUUCAGUGGGGAGUGUAUGUACUUGGCUUUACUAAAUUUUUGUUCACUCUGCAAUCUAAAUUUUUAAAAAGAAAAUCAUAUUUAUAUAUGUGUUAAGUCCUGGUUUUGUGAAUAAAGUUCAUUGUGAAAUUUGUGUAUUUUUAUAUAAAA